AUGGGCUCCAUCGAAGAGCAACCUCACGAAGACUUCGACUUCCAAGAUCUCCCUCCCUUCCCCAACGACGUCCCUCAAGCACCACUCCUCCGCAUCAGCCUCCAAAAACUCCUCUCAGGCGACACCCAAGAAGACGAAAAACUCUGGCGCGCAUGCUGUGAUCUUGGAUUCUUCUACCUUGACCUCCGAGGCGGGAACAGCACCAACAACAACACCUCCUCAGAAACCCAACAAGACGUACUACCCAUCGAAGGCGACGCUCUCCUCUCCAACGCCGAAGACCUCUUCACUCUCGCCCAAGAUGUCUUUGAUUUACCCGUAGAAGAGAAGGCUUCCUACGACAUGAUGGGCGAAAACAGUUAUUUUGGGUAUAAAGGCUACGGAGCGGGAGUCAUCGACAAAAAAGGAACGAAAGAUCGGAAUGAAUUUUGGAAUAUUUCAAAAGAUGAUAUUUUGGGAUUAUCGGAAAGACUUCGUAAUCCGGAGAUCCUCACAAAAGAGGAAACGAGAGGUUUGAUUAAAGAAUAUAUGCUUCGCUCUCAUGCCCUCGUCACCUUAAUCCUAGGACAUCUGAAUCAGAAGUUAGGGUUGCCGGAGGGGAAAUUGGAGAGUUUGCAUCGGUUGAAGAGCAGGAGUGGAGAUCAAAUGAGGUGGGUGAAGAGUCCGCCGCAGGAAGUGAGUGAUCGGCAGGCGGCGUUGGGGGAACAUACGGAUUUUGGGAGUGUGACGGUUUUGUUUAAUCGGUUGGGGGGAUUGCAGGUUUUGCCGCCGGCGGGGUUGGAGGGGAUGAAGGAGGAGUGGGCGUUUGUGAAGCCUUUGAAAGGGCAUUGUGUGGUUAAUUUGGGGGAUGCGAUGGUUAAGUUCUCGGCGGGGAUUUUGAGGAGUAAUCUUCAUCGUGUUGUCAAUCCUCCUGGCGCACAGCAAGAUUCCACGAGAUUCAGUCUGGUUUAUUUCAAUAGACCUGAGGAUGAGGUCAUUCUGAAGGUGCUUGAUGGAAGUGAAAUGAUUGAUGCUAAGCGAAAAGAAAAUCCUGCUGUCGAUGACGGUGAACCAGUCACUGCUAAACAGUGGAUCUUGAAUCGUGCUAUGGGGAGACGUGCGGGUGGAGAUUGGAGCAAAGGGCAAGGAACUGACCAGGAGAGGAUUGAGAAGAGAGACAGUGGCGUUGCCGCUACUUAG